GUCUUGCAGAUAGUAAGUUGUUGGUUAGUUGAGAUGAAGGAACAUGUAGCUCGUGACCAUCUUUCCUUCGCAUCAACACCAGCUUUCAUCGUACAAUUUCCUUUCGUCACUUUGGUCAAGAGGAGGGGCAGAAAAUUUUGAGCUGGAGUAUUAUUCAGAGAUGAUUCACUUCUGCCUUCUAGCUUACAGCCCUCAUGCACUCAAGGAUCCACAGUUGGAAACGCUAACAUCUUCCACCUCAUUUUUGGAUCAGCUUUCUCCAUCUGCAUCACUACAUCCACAGAUACAGAGAUGAGCGAUGAGGAAAUAAUUUAUUCAACCCCUGCAUUUCUUCAGAAUCCUUCAGAGCCACAAAAUACAUUAAGGCCUGGUGGUACUCAAAGGCCUGGGAAAAUUGAUGGCAAAGAGUUUUCGGGACCCUCACGUCUCAUUGCAGUGGCUCUUGGGAUCCUCUGUUUACUUCUAAUCAUGACAAUCAUAGUGUUGGGAACAAUGCUUUUUCAGUAUAAUCGAGAAAAACAUCAACAAGAUGAAAUUCUACAAAACCUCAAGCAAAAGUACCACAUUAUGCAAAAUGAUAACUACUUAACAAAGCAACUUUUGGCAAAUAUGACUCUAGAGUCUGACAUUCUCAAAAAUAAAAUGGUUUGGUGGGGAAAGAAACCAGUCUCACCAUUAAUAGAAGAGAAGACGUGUCAUAGAAAAAAGAAAAUCUCUUCAAAAUCAUUGCAAAAUACAGGCAAACUCAGUGAAGAACUCUGGUCCUGUUGUGGGGUAAACUGUUACCUUUUUACCACUGAAAAUAAAAACUGGAAGGAAUGUAAAGAGACUUGCCAAAAUAAAGGAUUAUCUCUUUUGAAGAUAGAUGAUGAAGUUGAACUGGCCUUCCUUCAAUCCCAGACUUAUAAAAAUACCUACUGGAUUGGAUUGUCAUUUAAUGAAGAGGGACGUAAAUGGGAAUGGAUUGACAAGGGCACACCUGGAAUUAAUGUUUCAAUAAUGAAUAGGACCUUCGUGAGAAGAGAAUGUGCAUUUUUAGCCCCAACGAGAAUAGCAAAUAUUGAUUGUUCUAAAACCUACAAUUGUAUCUGUGAGAAGAACGAUGUUGUUAAUGACAUUCACUAACUACUAAUGAAUAUACUAAGAGGAAAAGGUAAAAUGGAAAGUGGCCAUUUUUAGUGUGCUUCCUGUAAUAAUCUGUGAUUACUUAACAAAGUAAUGUUUUUGACUGCAGGACUUAGUCCACUGCAGAAACAGAGAUGAGCUGGAAGAGAAGAAGAUGCUCUUUUGAACAAUGAUUUGAGAGAUCAGAUGGUCUUCUUGGAUAAGAGGGGAAGAUUUUGCUUUUGGAGAGUAGUUACCCCUCUCUUUAAUGGACCUGUGGAAUUUUCUGUUUCUCUUUCCUGGAACUACACACAGAAACAGUUAGAAAACUCAUAAAUACCUAGGUCUUUUCCUUAUUUGUAGGAUAAGUCAUUGCAAUAACCUCUGAUUUUGAGAGAUAACACAAUUAAGAAUUAAAAAAAUAGUUAUCUUCCCCCCAUGUAGAUGCUUACCUCUCAUCUCUAAAAAUAUAUUUUCCUAUAAUUUCAAACUUACUGAGUAGUUAAAACAAUAUAAGAAACUCUCAUCUAACCUUUACCCAUAGUUACCAUUUGUUUAUAUUUUACUAUCUGCACUUUAUUACAAGUUCUCUCUCUCUCUCUCUCUCUCUCUCUCUCUCUCUCUCUCUCUCUUUCUCUCUCUCUCUCCCCCUCUCUCCCCUUGCUGAUCCAUUUGAUAAUAAAUUAGGAACAUUAUGUCUCUUUGUCUAAAUAUUUUACAAAAACAGGAACUUAGUCUUGUAUAACCACCGCAAAAUUAUCCAAAUCAGGAAAUUUAGCAUUGAUAUAGAUAGUACUAUGCUUUUGUCUACAGUCCAUAUUUAAAUUUUGUCAGCUGUUUCAACAAUGUUAUUAUAGGUGUGUUCCUUCAUAUUCAGAGUCAUGCAAUGUAUUUUGUCCUGAUGUCUCCUUAGUCUCCUUUAAUCGGGGACAGUUCUUCCUGCUUCCAUGGACUUUCUUGACCUUCACAUUAAAAAAAUAAUCAAGCUUAUUGAGUUAGACUUUGCAGGCAAUAAAAUGCAUCCAUUUAAGUCACAAGGUCAGUGGGUUUUUGACAAAUGUAUACACCUCUUAAAUGCCGUCAAAUCAAGAUAUAUAGCAUUUCACCAUCUCCAAAAGUUCCUUUUUGCCCCUUUCCACCCUCCCGGAGCCAGGCAAGCAGUGAUAUGCUUUCUGUCACUAUAAGUUAGUUUGCCUAUUCUAGAAUAUCACACUUCAUGUACUCUUUUUGUCUGAAUUAUCUCAGCAUCUUUUUUGAAAUUAGUUUUUCUCCUAUCAGUAGGUUAUUCUUUUUGUUACUGUGUAGUAUUCCAUUGUACAGAUAAACCCACAAUUUGUCCAUUCACCUAUGAGCAUUUGAUGUGUUUCCAAUUUUUGACUAUUAUUAAUAAACCUGCCGGGAACAUUAAUGUGCAAAUACUGUGUGGACAUGCACUUUCAUUUCUUUUGGUUAAACACCCAGGAGUUGGUUGCUGAGUCCUAUGGCAAGUGCAUGUUUAAUUUUAUACUAAACAUCUAGAUUCUAGAUAGUUUUCCAAUGUGGUUGCAUCAUUUUACCUUUGUAGUAGCAACAAAUGAGAGUUCAUUUGUCUCCAUGUAAUCUCCAAAGCUUGUUAUUGUCAGGCUUUUAAAUUUCAGCCAUAACAACGGGUGUGUAGUGGUAUCUCAUUGGGGUUUUCAUUUGUAUUUCCCUGAAGAAUAAUGACAUUAGCAUUUUUUAUUUGUUUAUUGCCAUUUAUAUAUCUUUGAAUGUGAAGUAUCUAUUUAAUAUUUUGCCACGUUUCUUUUAAAAUUGUUUUCCUGUCUUCUUAUUGUAGAAUUAUGGGAGUUCUUUAUAGAAUUUGGAUACAAAUUCUUUGUUAAAUAUAUGUAUUACAAAUACUUUCUCAAAAGUAUACAAGUAUUUGUAUUUGUGUUACAAAUACAAAUAUGUAUUACAAUACAGUCUUCGUGUUGCCUUUUCAUUUUCUUAAUAGUGCCUUUCAAGAGGUGAAGUUUUAAAUUUUUUGAUGAAGCUUAACAAAUCAUUUUUUCUUUUAUUGUCCUAAGAAAUCUUUGCCUAUAUCAAAAUCACAGUGG